AUCAUCAUUCGCCGCAUGCAUUAGGUUUAGUUCUCAACGUCCUCGAGUAUAUUAAAGCAUAUAAGUCUUGUUGUUGUUCCAAAGAUGCCAACAAAACCAGAGUUCGUCAAGUUCUUGUCUAAAGGCACGUACGGAUCAGUCGACCUCGUCAAAUACAUAAGAAGCGAUGACUCGUCACCGCUCUACGCCGCCGUGAAAACCACCGACUGCGAAAACUUGUACUAUCUCCAAAGAGAAGCUCUGAUUCUAUCGAAGCUCAAAGGAUGUAGAAGCAUCGUACAAUGCUAUAACAACUACGGCUUAGAAGAGGACUUAGACGACAACGGGUGGAGAAUCUUCAAGAUGGUUAUGGAGUAUGCACCUGAAGGGAGUUUAGCUACUUUCAUAAACAGUAACAAAGAUAGCAAGUUGCCUGAAACGAUGAUUAAGGACUUCACACGUAUGCUUCUUCGAGGGUUGGUCUCUGUUCAUAACCUAGGUUAUGUUCAUUGUGAUCUCAAACCAGAGAACCUCCUUAUCUUCCCGUGUGGACAGUCUUACGAGCUGAAGAUAUCUGAUUUUGGGUCUUCUACCGAAGUAGGAGAGGUUGCUGAUACUUGGGAGUCAAACCCUCCGUUUGUAGGAUCGCCUAUCUACAUGUCGCCAGAGUCGGUUUAUAACGGUGUGGCCGAGAAAGCCUUAGAUUUGUGGUCGGUAGGUUGCAUAGUUUUGGAGAUGUAUGCCGGUGAGCCAUGGCGGGAGGUUGAGUUUAAUGAUCUUGCGUCUGUUUUGUUGAGUGGAGAAGCGCCUGAGAUCCCAGAGAGUGUGCCGUCGGAUGCAAGGGAUUUUAUAGAAACGUGUUUCGCAAGAAACCCUGAGAGUAGAGGAAGUGCUUUGGGUUUGCUAUUACAUCGGUUCUUGUCUGAAGACGACAUGUAUGGUCUCAGGCGUCUUUUUACUGCCUUUGAUGGUUGAAGGUCUCGAUUGAUUUUUUAUUUACAUUUAUGUUUAUAUGAUCAGAGUGCAUAUAUGCAAAAUGUUUGUUAAUCUUUAGUGUCCACUAUUUUCAAACCAAUUUUAAUGUUUUUUUUUGUCAACCAUCCACUCUUAUCAAUUCAAGUUUUGGUCUAUGGUAACGAUGUUCCUCCAUUUAAAUGUU